AUGGUCCAAAAACCAUUCCCAACCAACCGUGACAAACGCCAAUAUGGUGUGUUCGAGUUGCUGCACUUCGACAUCUGCGGGCCAAUGGAACAAGUCUCGAUCGGCGGCAGCAAAUACUUACUGCUUGUGGUUGACGAAGCCAGCGGUUGCAUGAAGGGCUUCUGUCUGCGGUCCAAGUCUGAGAGUGAAGACUGUAUCAAGAACCACAUUAUCAAGAUUCAGACUCAGUUCGGCACGAAGAUCAAGUUUGUUCGGCACGAUGGAGCGCAUGAGUUUGCGACCAACUCCAUCAAGACCUUCUACGAAGAUCAUGGUAUUGAACAACAGAUCACGGUGCCGUAUGCACACCAGACCAACGGCACCGCAGAACGCGCGAUAAGGACCAUCGUCACGAUCGGACGCAGCCUGUUGCAUCAUGCAAAGCUGGAGAAGUGUUUCUGGGCUGAAGCGGCAAUGACGGCGAUCUACAUCAAGAACCGCCUGCCUUCACCCAAGAUCGACCACAAGACUCCGUUCGAAAUCGUGUACAAGUCGAAACCAAGUGUCAAGCACAUGCGCGUGUUUGGAUGUCGGGCGUUUAUCCUGACACCAAGGGAGAAGCGAUUGAAGUGGGACCCGAAGGCUCGUGAAGGGAUGUUCAUGGGCUACGAAGAAGCGUCAAAAGCUUAUCGAGUGUACGACAUUGAGGCGGGCCAAGUGGUGAUCAGUCGUGACAUCACCUUCGACGAAUCGACUUUUGACUUUUCGAUGGACCGACCAAGUGACGAUGAUGAAGAUGCGGAGUUGGACCUCGACCUCCUGGCGAUCAACGAGGACGACGUGCGUCAAACCGUCUACAAGCAGACUGGCAAGCGCAAGAGUGAAGCAAGACCCGGCAUGUCACGGUCAGCUCGCCCUCGAACUGGGUUGGAACAAGCAAGUGCGCCGGCACACGUCUCCAACCGUCACCAGAAACAACGAUCAAGUGCUCCAGAAACGAUGUCUGAUGACGAAGAAGAUGCAAGCGUCUACGAUCAAGAUGACGACUCGACGCCUCCAACAUUUUGGCGUGCAAGUGCAAACGCAGUGGAAGCAACGGACCUAGCAGAACCUGUGACUUUUCAAGACGCGAUCAAUGGUCCUGAUCAAGCUCACUGGCGAAAUGCUGUGAAGGCGGAACUCAAGUCGAUGCAUCUUCGUGGAGUUUUCCGUGCGGCAAAACUACCAAGAGGCCAAGGCGCGAUCGGCACCAAGUGGGUGUUCAAGAUCAAGCGCAAAGCGGAUGGAUCGGUCGAGAAAUACAAGGCGCGUCUUGUUGCCAAGGGCUUCAAGCAGAAGUACGGCAUCGACUACACAGAGACGUUCUCGCCCGUGGUCAAGUACGUGACACUGCGUAUGGUGAUCGCGAUCACCAAGUAUUUCGACUGGCCACUGGACCAACUCGAUGUGGUGACAGCCUUUCUCUACGGAGUGAUGAAGGAGAAGGUGUACUGCGUGAUACCAGAAGGCGUCGAGAUGGAUGGCGACUUCGACUGUCUCGAGUUGGUGAAGGCGAUCUACGGUCUCAAGCAAGCUUCACGUGUGUGGAACGAGACUUUCGACGAGUUCGUAUGCUCCAUCGGUUUCGAAGCGUCGGCGUUCGACCCAUGUCUCUACAUCAAGGUUGUCGACGGUCACUGUGUGCUCGUGCUGGUCUACGUGGAUGACGUGUUGGUCACCGGCAGCUCGCUUGAGUUGAUUGCGCAGACGAAGGCCGACCUCAAGACGCGUUUCGAGAUGACCGACAGUGGCAAGUGUACUUUUGUACUGGGCAUCGAACUGGUGGACGAAUCGGAUGGCAGCGUGACGAUGUGCCAGCGACGGUAUGUCAACGACAUCCUCAAGCGCUUCGGCAUGGAUGAGUGCAAGGCCACAGCAAGUCCGGUCGACUUGAGCACUCGGCUUGUCGCAAGCACCGAAGCGGCCAAGAUUGACAUUCCAUUUCGUGAAGCUGUGGGAGCUUUGAUGCACUUGACGACUGCGACGCACCCGGACAUUGCGUAUGCUGUGGGGUACGUCUCGCGCUUCAUGGAGAAUCCGCAGCAAGAACAUUGGACGGCGGUGAAGCGCAUCUUUCGUUACUUACAAGGGACCAAGUCGCACGGACUCCGCUUCCAGCCAAGCGACAAGAUCGACUUUCGUGGCUACUCGGACGCGGACUGGGCCGGCGAUCACGCUGAUCGCAAGUCGACUUCGGGUUACACUUUCAUGCUGAUGGGUGCUCCUGUGAGUUGGGGAAGCAAGAAGCAGUCAAGUGUGUCGCUGUCGACGAGUGAAGCGGAAUACAUCGCACUGAGUCUGGCCAUCCAGGAAGGCAAGUGGGUGCAUCGCCUGCUAUGCGAGAUUUUGGCGGCCGCAAACGAACCAGGACCGGACCUCGUCAUCCGUGAAGACAACCAGUCGUGCAUCAAGAUGACGAAGAAUCCGGUGAAUCAUGGCCGCGCCAAGCACAUCGACAUCAAGUACCAUCACAUCCGUGAUGAGGUCAAGCGCGGUGAAGUGCAGCUCGAGUAUUGCGAGACUUCCGUGAUGAUGGCGGACAUCAUGACCAAGGGACUUUCGGGACCUCGUCACAAGGACUUGACGACGGCUCUCGGUAUUCGUGCGAGUUCGGAUUGA